AGAAAUUGGAAAAUCUAGAAUGGAUGAUGAAAAAAUUCAUCUAAAUAAAAGAAUAAAUUUGUUAGAAAAACAAGAUUUGAAAUUAUCUAAAGAAAGAAUCACUAUAAUUAAAAAUUUGUUUAAAGUUGGUGAAACAUUAGCUAGUUUAUUAACAAGAAAAAUAAUCAAUGAAGAUAUCAUCAGAGAAAUAGAAAAAACAUCACCAAAAUCAACCUCUGAUCUUGUUAAAAACGAUAAAAGGAAAUCUAUAAAAGAUAAAUCAAAUUCUAAAAAUAUAAAAGAUGCUAGUAACAAAUCAAAUAUCGCUUCUAUUUCUGGAUUACCAUGUAAUAUUGUUUGUGAUCCAGAAGAUAUUAUCGAGGAUGGAAAACCAAAAACUUUUGAUUCAAUCUUAUUAGAUAGCAUUAGUUCUAUUUUUUUUAGUGAUGCUUCAUUCAUAGAUAAUUAUGGUUCUUUUAAUAGUGAGGUAGAAGAAAAAUAUAAUGAAGAUUUAAAAGGAGAAGAAAUAAAAUAUGCUAAAAAUAUUUACACAGAUAAAAAUGUGGUCACAAAAUCAUUAAUUAUGGUAAAUAGAUUUGGUCAAACUAUAUCAAAUGAACUUCCCAAAGCACCAAAAUUAAGACUACAUGGUUAUUUCUGUCAAGCAGAUAUGA